AGCAAGCAUUUGUUUUCGACAGUAGUGUUACCAAUAUUUUGUUUAUUUUACUCAUGUACCAAGUUGGCAAGUCAGGAACAUAUUUUUCAUAGGCGGCAUUUUCACGCUUUUCGCGAUUUUUAAUACAAAAAUGAAAGUUAAUAGACAAAAAUAAUAAAAAACCAUCUAAAAAAUUAUUAAGUGCGUAACAUGUUGUUAACUGAAGCUGCGAAAAUUCUUGGAAAUGAGGCUGAAUGCGGUGUAAGCGCAGUUGAAAGUGCCACAAACAAUGCCACCCCAUUAAGAGCGAGAAAAAAUGAAGAAAAGAUUGAAAGAGCCGACAGUCAACUCGGAUCCGGUAAAGGUAAAUUGUCUGCCAAGCCUCCAGAAGAAUUUUACAAGGAUUUGCAGCAAUUCCAUGAGAAACGGAAUACUCCUGUUCAAAUGCCAAAAAUUAGCGGUCGGGAAGUAAAUUUACAUCUUCUUUACUGUGAGGUUACCGAACGUGGCGGCUUUCAGAAGGUAAACAUGAGAGACGAAUGGGAAGAAAUCUUGCCCGAAUUAGGUUUAAAGGAAAAAUGCGUUAAUGGAACUGCUGCUCUAAAGUAUAUUUAUCGGCGUAUUUUGGAAAAAUAUGAGCGGCAAAAUUUUUUUGGAGAAGAUCCGGAUAAAAUUGACACAUUGGAAUCGUCGGAUUUAUCUGAACUGAUAGGAAGGGGCGGCCGACCACGUUAUCCAUCAAGUUUGCAUGGUUCUGCAAAUGUGUCCAAUAUCAAUAAUGUGUCUAUGACUUAUAACUACCGCCAGCAUAUUGUAAGCACAGAAAGGCGAAGACAAUUUAAAUUGUCUACUGAUUUAUAUAAAGCAUCCCCUUAUGAGAAACUCAUGUUAUCUCUUUUGUCUCCUUUACCGAAUGAACAAGAUUUUGCUAUUAACACGUGUACUCUUAUGGCGAACGAAAGUAAACACACUUUGCGUUUGAAUGAAUAUCCCAAAUUGCUAGAUGGACUGUUAGCACACACCGGCAUCUUUUCGGACUACUCUACCCGCAAGCUUUUUGAGCAUGUAUACUGUGGAGUACGUCGGCAUUCUUUACAUGCUUUCUGGCAAGAUCUUUUACACGGGCGUCCUCAAAUACUCGACCUGUACACAGAUGAACAAGCUGUACGAGAUACUACGCCGGUCGACGACGUCGACGACGUUGAAGCCCAUAAAACAGAUUUAAAAGCAUUUCAAAACGAAUGUAUGGAAUCAAGUUUUUUUAAUUUGGGCAGAGGUCUGGGCACCCAAGAUUAUAUCGGACAGCGUGUUUUGCAAGUUAUAUCAAUUCUCCGAAAUCUAAGUUUUUUUGAAGAGAAUGUUACCGUUUUUGUGAAAAACCGAGCAUUCUUGCGCUUCCUGGUAAUGAGUAGUAAUAUUCGUUGGAGCAAUAUUCAUAUACAGGCAUUAGAGAUCGCUGGAAAUAUUGCUACCGAGUUAGAGUUAUAUGAUCCAACAUUGGAUGAUUUGUCCCGUAGCUUUAUGGCUACUUUGUGCGACGGCGUAGAAAGUGCAGAUCGCGCUGUAAUAAUAAAUUGUUUGGAGAUUUUGUAUAAGCUGUGCCAAAAGGACAGUAAUGAAGAUUAUGUGCUGAAAUGUUUGAAUUUAAAUUUCUACAAAACCGCCGCAUUGUUUCUUUCCUUAAAUGACAUCAUGCUAUUAAUUUUUACUUUGGAAACUAUUUAUGCGCUAACUUCAUUGGGUACGAAAAGCUGUCAUUUGAUUAUGCACGUUAAAGGCAUCAUAGAUCAAUUAGUUUCAUUAAUAACAGUUGAAGCUCAAUCGUACGGCCCAGACGGAUGCAUAUUAAUGAGAGUAAUUGAAACUAUACCAGGCAAUAUGCUGCCAAUGGUUGCACAGAAUAUUGCCAAUUUGCAAAACGUGGCCACAAUUCAAAAUCAACCGCUACCGACAUUUAAUCCCCCCCAAAAUCCAGUUCAAAUAAAACCGCAAUUAAUGGCCCCCCCACCUCAGCAGCAGCAGCAACAAAUGGAUAGUGCAGACGCAAGCGGAUCUGGCAGCGGCAGCGUUACUAUUGAGCAAAGCACUGGAUUGCCAGUGCCACAAAGUUGUACACAAGAUGAUGAGCAGUACGCUCUGGCUUGGUUAGGUGCCACUUUCGAACGAACCUCGAAUGUUGAAAGUCAUAUCGAGCAACAAGAAUUGUAUCGUAUGUACCUUGCGUAUUGUCAAAAGUCUGGGAAGCAUUCCAUAGUCAAUCACGUACAAUUUCCUCGGUUAGUUCGAUUAUUAUUUACCAAUACUGUUGGUCCAGUUGUGGUGAGAAAAGCAGACGGCACCGAAUUAUCCGGUCUUCACUAUGUAACUGUACGCAUGAGAGCUCAACCUUUGCCGCUACAAGGAAAAACCGUUGCCCCUUCAAACCUACAAGGUUGCAGUCCCCCGAAAAUAGGAGAUAUAUCGAGUACAUUGCGAAAAAUUAAAAAGAAAAUUAAGCCAGAGUCAUGCCUACCCACCUUGGGAAUAGAUUCGCCUGCAAUAUCUAUCGAAACUGCAGCAAAAGAAUUUAGCUGUCCUGGUCCGAGCAACAUUAAUGAUACAUUAGUCAACAUAGUGAAAACGCCUAGUCUGCAAUCAAACACUGAUCCUGUUGACGCCAGUAAAGUGAUUGAAAAAAUGGACAUUGAUGAACCGCAAGAAGCCGCAUCUAAAAGUUAUAUAAACACGCCUGAAACAACGCAAACUUCAUUGGAAGUUACCGCCAAUCCACCGCAAACGCCUUCUUCAUUCAUUAAAAGUCUGUUAGCCAAUAAAGUAAAUCAAAGGCAGCAAAAGCAAAAGGACUCUACGUUGAUCAGUACAACUACGAGUACUUUGCUGACGUCCGCAAUUCCAUCUAUGACAACAACGAGUGUUUCUGCGACUAACACAAGUGGAACACAAGCAUCUGUGAUGACUCAGCCCAUUAAAGUAGCCAGCACAGCCAUCAGUGCUUUGGUAAAUAAUCCACUCAUGCAGAAUACACCCGUAAAAGUGGGACAAACAACAAUCAAACCUUUGAAUCCUCAGAUGACCGUAGAAAAGAAAACUAUAACAGACUCAGUACCACCUCCAUUAGCACCGCUUAGUGGCAAUAACGUGGCGAAAGAUGCGAAUGGCCGUCCAAUUAUAUUGGCAAACCAAAUGCUUGUCGAUAUUCUUGAUAAAAAAAUGGUCGAUUCACCUUUAUUAAGCAGCGGCAAAGGCAAACGGAAGCUCGAUGAAUCGGACGCUAGCAUCAUAGCUGGCAGCAAAAGACCGCCCAUGGAAGUGAAUGUGACGAAGGAAGAAACACAAGUUACCCCAUCAAAGAAUGCAGCUAAUUUGUAUGCGGAAAUGGCCGCAUCUAUUUUGGAAGACGAAGAUUUGGAUGAUAUACCACCCGUCACGCAAUCUCCGCAAUUAUCCAUUGAACAGCAAUCGUUGCAAACGCCACUUAUAUUACCAACUAAGAUGCAAGCUUCGAAUCCAGCAAGCACACUACAGAACGUACAACGGCAGUUAUUGUUUCAAACUAAUCAAGCAUCGCAAAUAAAAUUAUCUCAAUCGAAUACACCGCAAACACCACAACUGCCUAAUGCCAUGGCAACUAUAAAAACCGAUCAGGGGCUGCAAACAGUGCCAGUGAUCUUGCAACAGAAGCCACUGGAGUCCAAUCAACCAACUGCCCAAAUUAUACAACAGGUUAUACAACAAGCCACUCAACCGCAACAGACCCAAUACGUGCUUGCCACGAAUCCGCAAGGUCAAACAUACUUAGUAGCGCAGCAGGCAACACCUCAAACGCAAGCUCCGCCGCCCCCUCAGCCAACUCAAACUGUUUUAGUUACUCAUACGCCACAACAACAAUCGGCUGGUACAAAAACUAUUAUUAUUUUGCAGCAGCAAACUUUGUCAGGCCCAUCGACGCAACAGCAAUUAAUAACCAAUGCGGCAGGGGCUGGUCAGAAAAUGAUUAUGACUACGUCGCAAGGUCAACAAGUGCUUGUCACGCAGAGACCUCAGACACCGCAACAAAUAUUUAUAAAUCCUCAAACGGGAGCAGCUACACAUAUACAACAUGUGCCAGUAGGUGCAGGACAACCAGCAAAUCUCAUACCGCGACAAAUUAUACAAACUACACAACAAAUGCAACAACCUCAGCAGAUAACCGCUGGCCAGAUUUCUCCAUCACUUCUAAAUCAAUUAAACCAAAUACCGGCUACGAUAAAGUUGCAUCAGCCAGCACAACCCCAGCAACCGCCGCCACCGCAGCCAACCACCAUAUCGCGUAUAGGGAAAACCGUAUCAAUUUUACAAGCCGGGCCCGCCCCAAAUGCCGCGCCGGUAGCGAUACCCCAAUUGCAGCAACAUCAGUCCAUUAUUCAACAACACAUAAUUUCUGGCGCUGCGCCUGAAAAGAGGCAUGUGUUAUUAGGCGGAGGCCGAGCUAUUGAAAUUAAAGAAACAGUGAUCACUCAAACUCAGCCGCCACCACACCAAUGCCAGCUGAAUUCGCAGACAAUAAUCACCACACAACCACAAGCACCUGCACCACCGCACAUACAGCAACAACAACAGCAGCAACAGCAAGUACAACAACAAAUACGGAAUGUUAUCGAACAACAACAGCAGCAUCCUUCAAUUAUACAGCAGAAAAUUUCGGUACCACUAGUACAAACACCAGGUGUAAUGCAAGCAACGACAAUAGCACCAAAGAUACCGGAGCAAACCACUAUUACGCAAAGCAAAACAGUGAACCAAUCGGCUGCAAUUGUACAAACAACAACAAUUGUACCCGUUACUGCAAGCAGUGUAGUUGGAAAUGUUAAACGGCCGACUGUAGCGGGAGGAUCUACAGCAGUUGCAAAACCCUCACUUCCGGUAGUUAAGUUACCUACGAGCGCGAAUAUAGGACUAGGACCGCCACCUUUGGCGCCAGCUACGCCAAACGCCACAACAACAGCGCCUAGUGAUCACACAACGCAAAAGCCUCAUUCACCACAAGAAAUUCAGCGAAAAGACGAGGUAUCUAAAGUUAUUACCUCUUAUGUAGCCGCGACAACAAACGCUGGAAGUACACCGGUUCCUAACACUCCCAAAGUUCAGACAUCUUCCUCUAUCGCCAUGACAACAACAAGUAGCAAUCAAACAACGUAUACGACGUCUAAUACAAUCAUAACUCCAGCUCCAACAACUACUGGCGGACAGGCCGCCGCGCUAUCGGCACAUAAUACACAAAAGCCUCAACAACAACCGCAAGCACAACCACAACCACAACUGCAACUGCAACCGCAACCGCAGACGCAAACAUCGAUAAGUCAGCAGCAAAGCAAUCAGUUGUCGGCUGCUGACGCUCAAUGGUUAUAUAUAUGUGAUUGGCGGAAUUGUCCGCGAUAUAAAUUCAAAUCUAUUAAUGAUUUGCAAUAUCAUGUCUGCACAUCACAUGCUCCGGAUCAUUUGGAUCCGGUAGCUGAAAUAUUUUGUCAGUGGGGUGUAGGUCCCGGACUUUGUGACGGUAUACCACGCAAGCGUUUCGCACUAAUGACACAUCUAAUCGAACGUCAUUUAACCCAUGAAAGUUUGCGAGCUGCUGUACAACGACGUUUAGCCACCGGAAUUCAUAAUAUAAAUCCUAUUAAGCCGCCGGUAACAAUCGUACGCAACAUGGAACAAAGUCAAAAAACCGCAAAUUCUUCAUCCACAUCGCCAUCUUCUUCAUCCUCUAAUUCCCAGGCUCAAGCCCCCAUAACAGGGCCUUCCGCCUUACAAGCCAUUAAAAGGCAUACAGCUGAAUUUGUCAAUGCGAAGGAACUCAUGGAUGAAAACGAGGGUCCCGUCACCAAAAGUAUUCGUCUAACUGCUGCCUUAAUUCUGCGAAAUUUAGUUACAUACACAACGACUGCUAAACGCAGCGUACGGCGUUAUGAACCGCACUUGGCUAGCAUUGCUCUGAGUAAUGUGGAGUCAAGCGGAACCAUAUCGAACAUUUUGGCUGAAUUGAAUAACUAACUGAAGGCAACCUUUCAUUUGAUUUGUUUCUACGUUAUAGGCAUAUUAGAAUUAAGCUUAAAAGUGUUUUUAUUUUUAUUAAAUCCUUUUUAUUAGAUUUACCAAAACUAUAUCGAUUUUCUUGCGAACGAUGAAUGAUCGAAGUUCUUUUCGUUUUGAUGAUUUUACAUAGCAUAGCAAUGCUAUUUUAAGUUUAAAGAGAUGAAAUUUUAAAAUAAAUCGAUACAAUUCACUGCUUAGUGGACAGCUAGAAUAUCUAAAGUCUAAAUGUAACGCUUGCUGUUCAUUAUAGUUUAUUAAUUUGAUCGUGCUUUAUAAAUAAUUCGCAUAAGGUCGCCUAAUGUAAUUUUCGAUUGUUAAUUUGCUGAAUAACAGAAGAAGAAGGAUUGGAUAUAACAAGCGUUUAGUCAAACGAAAAAACCCAAUAUUAAUAAGACUCACUAUAUAAACAUAUUAUAAUUGACGAUAAG